AUGUCAUCUGUUGAAGAACGCUUGGCAAAACUGAGGGAAGAGCGUAUGGCCAGGGAAAAGGCGAGAAUAGACAAGUUACGAGAGUUGAAUUUAAAGAAAUAUAACAAGAAUGAACCAGUACAUCCAAAAAACGAUGUGUCUAGCGCUUCUAUAGCCAAUAAAAAUGCUAAACCCGAUAUUUUUAAGAAAAUUAAUUCGCACGUUAAAAAUAACUUCCAGGUCAAUAAUACUACAAAACGACCUAUAUCAGUUCCGAGUGUCAUUAAAAACGGAUUACCGAUUAAAGACUCCGUUGUUCCUAAUUCAAAACCAAAAACUUUAGUAAACUCUGCUCCUAUUACUAAAGCCAGUAAAGGUUUGAAUAAUAAACCUGAUGUAAUUCCAAAAAAUGUUGACAAGAAAUCCGCUGGCAAUAACAAUGCGAGAAGCCAGAUUCCGUCGGUGCAUAAUUUCAAAACGAAUCCAAAAAAGAAUUUUGUUUCUAACACAAUUAAACCUACAACAUCCGCUCCUGUUGCAACUGUAUCCAGGAAAAGUAUUGCGCCACCCAAACCAGUGGCAAAUCCAUUAAACCAUAGACAAUCCGUCUUCGAAAGAUUGUACAAACCGAAGAUAGUUGUGAAAAAACCCGAGGAUGAUGUGACUAAACUCCAAACUGAUCCGAAUUAUUUUAAGAAAGUCAUAAAGGACUCUGGAUUGAUCCUCAACAAAAGGCAUACGGUCUUUGACGUUAAUCCGAAGAUAAAAGUUGAUCCGCCGGUUCGCCGUUCUAUAUCAGCGGUACACUUUAAAAGGUUGAAUAAAAAUGAAUUGAGUAAUUGUAUACAUAAGUGGUCUUCUAUUGGUGAGAAAUUAAAUAAAGUUCAUUUAAAAGAUAUAAACGAAGACGAAUCUGUUAAGCAGGAUAAAGUGGUAUCUGCUGUAAAAAGUGACAGGAAAAGAGUUAAGUUCCAAACACCUGUUUCCUUCAAUUUCAACACUCCAAAGCCUGAAGAACUCCGGAUGAGGCUGACGAGUUGGCUGCAGAAGCGAGGGAAAUCAUUAGACUCUUACCAUCAUUUGCAAUGUUUCGGCAUACAUCAUUUAGCUCAAAGGGAAAUAAGACCGAUUAUUGAGCCAACAAAACUGGAACUCUAUGAUGAUGAGAAUAAGGAGAAUAUUGCUCUGGAGCAUGAUAGCGAUAAUGACUCGUACACUGCCAACAUGAAUGAGGAAUACGAAAACGUUGGCGGAAACGAUAAAUGGAGGCGAGCCAGUUUCGUCAGUGAUAGUGUCGAUUUGAAUGACACGCAAAAUUCAACUUUAUCGUCCUACGAUACGGUUCAACAAGUGGAUGAGGUGCUUUUGGGCGCUUUAAAUGAUUUGGCAGAGUUGCUGCGAGAGGGCUUUGAUUGGGAGCAAUGCGCCCGUUGGUUGCGUGCGAUAAGGGAGAGAUUCCCAUACGCUCCUGACACUGCCGCGUAUUGGGAAUGUCGAGCUGCCUUGGAGGAGACCAGGGGUGACCUGCCCGCUUCCGUUCAAUGUUGGGAAGAGGCCAUCGCUAAAGGAACCGAGCACUCCGUAGUGGAAUCAAACCUUGACCAACUAUUGGACAAAUUUAUGCAACUGAAGAUAAGUCCCAAUAGUGGGAAGCGUAAGACGAUCGAUUCCAAAAUGGUUGACGUGAAGAAUGUAUUCAAGAGUACUAUAAUACGAUUCGCCGUUCAGCAAGCUAAACUCCGUCGCUCGAGCCAAUGCGACCUGCCAAAGUACACAGUGACUCCAGUGCGCAGGAGUUCCCGUCUCAGUUGUCAGUGGAGCGGCAAGAGACCUCUACAGGAAUGUCUGAGCGUGAAACACGCCAAGCAACUGGCCCCCGUCGAGUUCGUACCUAACCCGUCAUUGUGUCGCACACCUUGAUAUUUGGGGGCAAGUUUGUACUAUAGUGUAGUAGUGUUAUAGAGAACUAAUGGCUCGUGUUGACAUGCGUCUUG